AUGGCGCUUGACCUGCUGACCACCUAUCAGAAGGAGGAUUAUCUUGCUUCUGGCCUGCAGGUAACUGAAGCGGCCAUGGAAGGCAAAACCACGGGGCCCAAAGUAAUCCAGACGUCUGCAGCUAAUUUUUCACUAAAUAACAGUAAAAAGCUGAAGCCAAUUCAAAUCCUUUCAAAUCCAUUGUCUACAUAUAAUCAGCAACUGUGGCUGACGUGCGUUGUGGAGUUGGAUCAGUCAAAAGAAACAUCUAUUCAGACAAGCUUCCUCAUGACUGUUAAAGUUGACGGUGUAGCUCAAGAUGGAACCACCAUGUUCGUUCAUAACAAGGUUCACAAUCGGACGAGGACCCUCACCUGUGCGGGGAGGUGUGCAGAAAUUAUUGUGGCCCACCUGGGCUACUUGAACUACACGCAGUAUACCGUGAUUGUGGGAUUUGAACACCUGAAGCUGCCCAUCAAGGAAAUGAACUUCACGUGGAAGACUUAUGACCCUGCAUUUUCCCAAUUGGAAAUUUGGUUCCGAUUCGUCUUUGUGGUGCUUACCUUCAUUGUCACUUGCCUGUUUGCACAUUCCCUCCGGAAGUUUUCCAUGCGAGACUGGGGGAUGGAGCAGAAGUGGAUGUCCAUUCUUUUGCCUCUGCUGCUGCUUUACAAUGAUCCGUUCUUCCCGCUCUCCUUUCUGGUGAACAGCUGGGUUCCGGGCAUGCUGGACGAUCUCUUUCAGUCCGUGUUCCUAUGUGCCUUGCUGCUCUUCUGGCUCUGUGUGUAUCACGGGGUACGCGUCCAGGGAGAAAGGAAGUGUUUGACUUUCUAUUUGCCUAAAUUCUUCAUUGUUGGACUAUUGUGGUUGGCUUCUGUCACACUGGGAAUAUGGCAGACGUGAGUAAUUUUGUUAUGUGUGAAACCUUAGGCAUGGAAAGCAUUUGACAAAGGUGGACAGAUCCGAAGUCUCACUGUAUUUUGUGAACCCAUCCGGAAAGGAAUCUGUCACAGGGUUUCAAGACUUGAUAGUGUGACUUGAACUGAGGAUUCAUUUCAGCCUGACUGGCAUGU